AUGGAAGAAAGUGUGAAAUUGGACGUGUGGGGAUACCAGGUCGCAACUUCUUCGCAGGCUUGCGUUUCAGCCAUCAACUCCUACUACCAUCAGGUUCUGAUAUAUGGUAGAGAAAGGUCUGUGAUUUUGGAAGCAGUGGCACAUGACAAUCACUGUGUCUUGGCCAACAUCUUGGCGGCACAUUUCCUUUUUUCGGCUGAUUCUUCUCGUGCUCACACUUGUCUGGAUGCCGCUAAAUCCCACCUUGAUCAUGCCACUUUGUACGAGAAACUUGUUUUCGAUGCCAUCAGUUAUUUGCUAUCCGAAGAUAGAGACGAUGAUGUAGCUCUUGAAUUGCAUUCUAAGCUUCUAAAAGAGUUCCCAAGAGAUCUGGUUUCUCUAAAGAGAGCACAAGUGUUAUGCUUCUACAUGGGUCUACCAGCUCUUUCUUUAUCUCUUAUUCAACAGGUUCUACCUCAAAAUGAAGGACAAAACUACAUAUAUGGCAUGCUUGCGUUCCCUCUGUUGGAACUGGGGCGGAUGGAGGAUGCUGAUAAAGCUGCCAGAAGGGGAUUUGAGAUCAAUAAGCAAGACAUCUGGUCACAGCAUGCUCUAUGCCAUGUGCUUCAGUACAAGUGUCGCUUUAGAGAAGCUGUUAAGUUCUUGGAAGAAUGUUCACCAUCAUGGUGUUCUGCUUCGUCUUUCAUGUUGACACACAAUUGGUGGCAUGCGGCCCUUUGUUACUUAGAGGGUAAUGCUCCGACACAAAGAGUACUAGAGAUAUAUGACUAUUAUAUAUGGAAGGAGCUAGACAAACAUGAUUCUAUGAAGGCAGAGGUUUACUUAAAUGCUGCGGGUCUGCUUUUGCGGUUGUAUGUACGUCGUGAAUUGGAUAUCUAUGGCGAUCGUCUCAAGUUGCUUGCGGAAUGCCUAACUAAUCAAGCAAACUGGUAUAUAGAGUGGCACUUUGAUGUUUUGAUAGUGUGGACUUUGGCAAAGACUGGAGAAAUUUCUAAAGCAGAAGAUCUUCUAAAGGGCUUAAAAAACAGGUUUUUGAGGAUGACUAAAAAGAAGCAACAAAGAAUGAAACGAGGAAUUAUGCUUGCAGAAGCACUUUAUGCGUACGGAAUUGGAGACGACAAACAUGGACUGGAAUUACUUGAUCCAGAUUUUGAUGCUAUUAAUUAUAAGAUCAUUGGGGCAUCUGAUGAACAAGUGGAUGUAUUCAAUGAAGUUUGGUAUAACAUGUUGCUGAAUACUGGAAAAGCGUUGAAGGCAAUCGAAGUGUUGGAGAAGCAAAUCAAGAAGAGAGAUGGGGUCCCCUAUUUGUGGCGUCUUCUGGAGAGGGGAUACAAAUUAGCUAACAAGCCAGAAGAAAAAUUUGCGAACGAGAAGGCCACGACUUUGGAGAAUCGAUACUUUAAUUAA